UAUCUCUGUAUACUCUCCUUCACCAAUCUCAAAGAUCCUACACGAUGGAGUCAAGCAAAACCCCAGUCCGUCUUGCCAAGGUGAUCAAGUUACUCGGUCGAACUGGGAGCCGCGGUGGCGUCACGCAAGUCCGGGUUGAGAUGCUCGAUCAGCCUGACCGAACCAUUGUCCGGAAUGUCAAGGGGCCGGUCCGUCUCCAUGACUUGUUGGCUCUCCUCGAAAGCGAACGAGAGGCUAGGCGACUCCGUUAAUUCUUGUCGGUGUUUCCCCUUUGCAUGCUCUCGACUACUGUGAAUGUGCGUGCAGAGGCGUGAGCGUAGACGGGAUGGAGCAUAUGGAAGGGGUCAGGCGUGCGUGGAGUGUAUUAUACUCUGAUAUCGUUGUGAUGAAUGACACAACAUCACAAAACCGAGAUCGGUGCCACAAAUCUGUCUGCUCAGGACGACCCCGAUUUUCAGUGAUGCUCACCCACGCUCCUCCGUUCAGUCAUACUUUAUCUAUGUCCUUCAGUGACCAUUAAUUGAACGCCACGAAGCUGAAUCUGAUCC